CCAAUAUCUAUCAGUCUGAUCAUUUGAAAGUUUGUUUUGAGCAGUAGCUAGUUCUGGGGGGUUGGUACGUCUUGAAAGUUCCAUUUCCAAUUAAGUCUAGCUUCAAUCUUUUGUUUCUUAUUGCAACCGACACCUGAACUGAGAAAAUCAUCGAAUUCGGUUUGUGAAAAGGUUGAUGAAGAUGAAGCAAAUUGAGCAGGAGAGUGGAAAGUGCUGUGACGAGAGAAAACAAGUGAUUUCAUCACCAUCGCCACCGCCUCCGCCACCACCAUUCCCAAGGUUCUUGGCUAAUCAGAGUGUUGUUGAGAGUGUGACAAGGCGAGAAAUCGCCAGGUUCUGGACGCAGAAGCGCUUUAAUGAGGAGGAGCACCUCCUCGCAGCGAUCAAGGCUGCAGCACGCAUUAGAGCCCGCAAACUCUCGGAGGAAGACUACAGAUCUUUUGAGGAGUCCUUGAAUGAUGAAGACAACGAUGGCAAGGAUAGUGAUGGCGCAGUCAAAACGAAUGAGAACAAUGAUGAAAUUCGUGUUGGAAUAAAGGACUGGUGGACAAAAAGCAAGUAUGCAUACUUGAACCAGCCAGAUAUUGAUUCCAAGGAGCCUCCAAAAAGGCGCAGCUCCACAUUUGUUCCUAAUUGCUUUGCUUAUAAGCCAACUCCUCUGUACCCAACCUCUCUCGGUGUUUUUUAAACCAGCUGAGCUGCUUCAAUUGAUUGGAUUGAACAUUCAUGAAUUAUAUGUUUGCUAAAAGAUGCAAGUUUGUAUGUGUAUUAUAUUUAAAAUAAGUAAAGGUUGCAACCUGCUUUGACGGUAGUAGUUUUCUGUGUAUAAUUAUAGACACUACCAUUUGUUUGAAUUGAACUGAAUUGAAAUGAAUUGAAUUGGGGGUAGUGUAACAGACCCUUCGUGGCUUUGUUAUUUUA